CUCGGCAUGAGGAAAUGCUGCCGACUCAAAUGACACUAAUUCUGGAUUGUUCCUUAGAAAAACAGACCUCCAUCACCUGGUAAGAGGUUAUUACUUCCAAUGUUCCAUCACAUCAUUUAAUUUUUUUCCCCUCUUCACAAAGCUACUGCUGAGCACAGCAGUGCUGUCUUAUCUCCUCCACUUCUCGUCUCUGCCCCUCAUUUGAUGUUGAUUUGUCACAUCUUUGAGUGUGUGCCGCUGCAGAUUCUCCCGUCAUUUGGAAUAUUUAAAGUCUUAAUAGGACAUAAUAUUUCAUCCUCUGGUCUUUCUGCUCUUCGCAUGUGGUCGGGGGUUAAGACUCUUGGAAAACAAUGUUUCUUCUUCUCACUUAAUUUCUUGAAUUAUGUUAAUUAUUUAAAAAUAAGUGAUUAAAUUAUAGAAGUUCCGUGUCUGGUAUCCCAGUUCUGAAGUCAACUUUCAACCUUUGUUGUAGGAGAUAAAACACCUGAAAGCACUUUUUGAUGACAUGGCUCCUUGUCUGUCAUUGUGUGUUUUUUUCAAUAAAAUUACAGCCUUGAUAGAAAAUAAUAAGAUAUUGAUUAAACUGUCAACAUUCACGCAGGCACCUGGCUGUAUGUGACUUCAGGUUCGGUGUGGAUUUUCUGUUUCAAUCCCUUGUUUAUACAUUCUGACCCCAGCAGUAGCUAAAGGAGGAAAAUGAGCCCGUUACAAGUAAACUAAGGGGUUAUACAGUAUCAGCUGUGGAAACCAGACAUAGAGGUACAUUUUCUCUUCCAGCCGAGGUAAACAAAAGAAUGUAAUUAUAGCAACACCUGCAAAAUUUCAGGGACUUAUUUAUAUAAAUAACAUUGAUAGAAUGUCAUGGUUACUAGCACUGGAGGUAUGAACUCUAAAUUAAAUAUCGAUUAAACCUUUAAUUUGUUUUCUGUCCAGGUUUCUUUCUACCUCACUAAUAAAUGUCUAUUUUUUCUUCCACUUUCUUCCUCCUCUAACCUUCUCUACCCAGGUGGCACUGGGUCAAGAAGAUGAUUCCUCCAGCUCUAAGAGUUCUUCAGAUGUCUCCUCCAAGAUGGUGGGGCUCCUGAGCGGGCAGACUCCCCUGAGCCGCUGGAUGAUUCACAGUAAGAGCAGAGCUGCUAAUGACAGCUCUCUGGAGCUGCCCUACCGUUCCCCAGUCCCCUUUGCCAAGCAGGAAUUUUCUAAACAGGAGUUCUGGGAAAUGUUGGGCAGUGACCUGCUCAAGCCUGAUGCCUCCAGUUCUAGGGUUAAACGCCGGCCCAUCGUAAAGACGGGCAAGUUCAAGAAGAUGUUCGGCUGGGGAGACUUCUAUUCCAAUAUCAAGACCGUGAGGCUCAACCUGCUGAUCACGGGAAAGAUUGUGGAUCACGGCAACGGCACGUUCAGUGUCUACUUCCGCCAUAACUCCACAGGCCAAGGUAACAUCUCGGUCAGCCUGGUGCCACCUGUCAAGGCCGUGGAGUUUGACCUGGAGCGCCAGAGCGUGGUCUACCCUAAGGACUCCAAGAUCUUCAACUGCCGCGUGGACUACGAAAAGGUGGAUCGCAGCAAGCGCACCUCGCUGUGCAAUUACGAUCCGUCCAAGACCUGCUUUCAGGAGCAGAUUCAGAGCCACGUGUCCUGGAUUUGUUCCAAGCCUUUUAAGGUCAUCUGCAUCUACAUUUCCUUCUACAGCACAGACUAUCGCCUGGUGCAGAAGGUUUGCCCAGACUACAACUAUCAUAACGAGAUGCCCUACCUGCCUUCAGGCUAGAGCACUUGGUGGGAGGCAGGAGAGGUUGGAGGGGAGAGGAUUAAGUGGUUAAAAAGCAUUACUGCAACACAUGAGGGGGUAAGAAGGGCUGUUGAGAGCCAUCGAUAAGACCGUUACAGCGAGACAUCUAUAGAAAAAAGAAACCCCUUCUCUGUAGCCUGACUAUUUCAAAAUGUAAAAAGAAAAUAUGCAAACAAAAUCUACAGUAUGCAGAUCAUAGAGCUGUGCUGCAUUCUUACCUCAGUCCAGCAUUGAAACAUUCUAUUCUCUAGACAUUUCUCUUCAUCACAAGGUCAUACGUUAAUGUUGUCUGAAUGUGCUUUUGUAGAUAUCAUCCUCUACAACACUGCACUUCUAUAAAGUCAAAAUGAGAAAAGGGUUGGUGGGAAAAGUCAAAUGCAGGUGCUGACUGAUUUGAAGAAGAAUCUUCAAAUCUUCAGAAUGUUUAUCAUUCUCCUUUAGAGAUGGUAUGAAAUGAUUAAAGAAUGUGAAGCCCGGCAUUCUAAAAGAUUGUUCAAUCUUCACCUCUGAUCAUUCUCAAAUCAAACAAUUACAUUUUUAAAUCUCUCCACACGCUCACAUCUGACUACACCACCAGGUCAAUGUCACCGUGUUCAUUAUCUGCACAAUGUAAUCCCUGUAUCAUUCGCUUAUGUCACUUCCUACUUCAUUGAUAGAGGCAAAUUAGACAAACAGAGCACAAGAAAUUUGGAAAUCGCAAGCAAAAGCAAUUGUCGUGAAGAUUCCGGACGAGGGCUCGAGACGAGCUCAGCGCCAAGAAAAUAACUAGAUUCCACACGGAGACGGCGCCGGCCCUCACAUAGCAGAGAGAGAACGGAGAGACAGCGGUAGGGAGUGCGAGAGGCGAGAUUCGGUAAGCUGUUUUAAUUAAAGUGGAGAAGAAGAUGUAGAGUAUGGAGCUCCUUCUUUUGUCCCCUCUGUAUUAAAAAGAUUACAUUCUGUUGCCGUCAGGAUUCCUGAUUUCACGCCUUGAUAACUUUGACUCUGCUAGGGAGAUUGCUCUCACCCGACAAAUACAGCGUUCACUAAAGUAGGCCUGUUAUCUCGAAUAAAUGAAAAUAUUAUCAUAAUAAUUACAUAUUAUUUAAUCUCCUUUAAAACUAAUUAGGGUUUCAAUGAGAGUGGGAAAUGUAUUCCUGAAAAAUCAGUCCUGGAAGUCAGUGCGUCGCAGGAUCAGAGGGCACGUGUCUGUCCAGGAUUGUUGCGUGUUUCUUUUUUUUUUAACGUUGGAGCAGCAGCCAAAGCUCAGCCCGGAGUUAACUACUCUCAUUUAGAUAAAUGGCCACUGGCUGGGCCAUCUGAUGUCGCUCUGGCAAACAAUAUCAGAGUAUAGUGGUGCACAAUGGAGCUAUGAAUUAGCCAACCUGACAUUUGUGUGCGGAGAGGUUGCUGUUGUGCUGCUUGUAAGGACGUAAUGAUUUCUGGGUUCAUUAAUAAUGAACAGUCAGAGGACAGGUGUGAAGAGUCAUUAAACAACCACAUCAGAUUACUGCGCUGAUGCUUGUACUCUGCAGUAUCAAGGAUACAGAAAGACCUGCGUGUCAUGCGCCUGGAUGAAAUUGUGCGCUGGUGUCCCAGGUGGGCUUAUGCUGCAGCGACUGGUCACAGUGAAGCCACCCUCCUGUGGGGAGCAGAGAGAUAAAUGUGUCACCUUCGCUGUUUUGGGAGUGCGUGGGGAGGAGUGGAUAUGUAAGGAACCAGAAAGAGUCGCAGUUUUAAGUCAAGAAUUAAACAUGUUUUUAAUCAGUGGGGGUUAUUUUGAAUCUCAGUCAUUUUUAACCUUUGACUUUAAUAGGUUUCAGUGAUAAAACGAGAUAAAGGUAGUUGUAGUUUAGCAGUUGUGGUGGAAACUCUGUGAACUGUAUCCUGCCUUAUAAAGGAGAAGCCCAUUAGCCUGGUAGAGCCUGGAACUAAGCGGAACAUGUUCCUUGAUACCUUUUACAUGCAGUUAAGGAUAAAAAUAACAAGAACAUAAAAUAUUUAUGAAACAUUGACUACUCUAAAACUAGCUAAUAAUGCAACAAGAUCAGUGAUUCUGGCCACAACAGAUUUUCUGUCAAAUCAAAAAACAAGACAGUGCGGUCCCACUGGAACACUGGUAGGAACAAAAACUCCAGCUAGGACCUGAGAUGAUCUGUCUCUGUAAAACGCAUUAUUACCGCUGUGUUUCAUUCAUUCACUCAUAUUCCUUCCAUACUCAUGUUAAACCCAUCUUCUUCUCUAUAACUUUGCCGCCCUUUACACCCCCUCCACAACCUUAGCCUGGCAUUGAACCCUACGCAGCGGUUCCUUAUUGCAGCCCAUCAGCCCCCCCCCCAACACACAAUGUUGGGCUAAGCUGGCUAAUCUUGGUGAGCUUACCGUUGAGCCACCUGAACACGAGCAGUGAAAACUUCCCCUCCCUGUCUAGGUGUUUUUCCCUCUAUCUGUUUCCCAUACAGCACAGACAUAGUCUCUGGAUGUGCAACCUUAGCCUUUUUCCCUGUCCACAUUCAAAGCAACUGACAUAAGCCCGUGGAUUGCGAGGACAUGAAAUCUCCACAGGAGCAUGCCAAUGGAUUGCGUGACACUGAGACCCCCCUAGUGAACUCUGCACCCCUCUCCUCCUCCUCCUCCUCCUUCUCCUCCUUCUCCUCCAGCGUGUCCGUGGAGGAGCUGGAUACAUCACACGUGCCGGGAUCGGACCAGGGCCACAUACAACAUCAAGCAUAUAUAAAAUAAACAAGGAUGCCAGAGGAGAGGGACCUCCUCAGUCUGCUGCCCCCAGAUCCUCUCAGAUUUACAGCAAUAUGCUCAUUGAAACUUCACCUUCUCCUCUGUGUUGUGAAUCAAAGACAGGCUGCUGGACUUUGUGUACGAGAGAGUUGUGUUCACCCGGGAUUGACCGGGUUGAUACCGCAGCAGCUUCUCUGUUGUCGACGGAUAUUUGGCCUUAGAGACUGCAAGACAACACUGCUCUGCUCAGCAAAGAAUAGUAACAAAAUAAAAAGAACUUUCAGAAAAUACACUACUAUACAUAUAUGAAUAUAAAUAUAAAAGCUAAGAGUCCUCAGAUGCGAAUAAAGUUGUAUUUAAAUGUGGGUCAUGCAGUGGAGGUCGUCUGUUUGAGCUUUUGUUUACUGAUGGUUUUGUUCCUCCGUGUCAUGUGGAUGAUAUACUGUAUGGAUGACAUGAUGGCAUUUACUGUGGUUUUCAACAUUCUAAGAAGAAAAAAUCAAUAAAGUACACACGUACUUAGG